GAGAAGCCGGAAUUCCUGGAAGAGAUGGACUGCCAGGACUGCCAGGACCAAUCGGACCUCGCGGAUUCCAAGGCUUUACAGGCAGCCCAGGAGAACUUGGACGUCCUGGAAUGAAGGGUGAUCGAGGUCCGUCUGGAUUUCCUGGUAUAGAAGGGGGCCCGGGACAGAAGGGAGAAGCCGGACCUACCGGACCCGAGGGGGCGAGAGGACCCCCAGGGGAGGCAGGCCGACCAGGAAUACCAGGCCCCGUUGGUGCCAAAGGAAAUGCUGGAAUCCCAGGGACAGAGGGAUUAUCUGGUAUCCCUGGGGAGAAGGGAGAGGCUGGUGUCCCAGGACGGCCGAGAGCCCCAGGGUUAGAUGGACCCCAGGGAAUCCCGGGUCUGCCAGGAGAGCGGGGGCCUGAUGGAGUCCCAGGUGCCAAGGGAGACACUGGUUUUGAUGGAAUCCCAGGUGACUCCGGACAUUCAAAACAAUAUCUUUCAGGAAAAGGUGACCGUGGACCAAAUGGACUUCCCGGAUUACUUGGUUCCCCUGGUCAGGAUGGUCUCCCUGGACCCAAGGGUGAUGCAGGGCGACCCGGAGCCCCAGGAAAUCCCGGACUACCGGGACAAGACGGUGAGUAUAGGAGUACCUUGUCAAGAAUCAUUAUCACUGUUAAAGACAUUUAACAUAGAUUACCUAAG